AUCAGUAAGGCGCUCAAGGAAUCCACGAGAAAAGGAGAAACUGUUUAUAAAUCAAAAUAUAUAUCAAGAUGCAGGAAAUUGUAGCUUCAGUUACUCACAUGAGGUUUGACAUUGAAAUGGCUUUGGAACAGCAACUUGGGUCACAGCCUCUGCCGUUCCCUGGGAUGGAUAAGUCUGGUUCAGCCAUUUGUACAUUUUACCUGAGCAACAUCUGCAGCAAGGGCACAGCAUGUCCAUACCGGCACAUCAAAGGUGACAGAACUGUGGUGUGUAAACAUUGGCUCAGAGGACUCUGCAAGAAGGGAGAUGACUGCGAGUUUCUGCACGAAUAUGAUUUAUCAAAAAUGCCUGAAUGCUACUUUUUCUCCAAAUUUGGUGAAUGCAAUAACAAGGAAUGCCCGUUUCUACAUAUAGAUCCCUCAGCUAAAAUCAAAGAUUGUCCAUGGUAUGAUCGUGGAUUCUGUAGACAUGGUCCAAAGUGCAAAAACAGACAUGUCCGCCGAGUAUUGUGUCAGUGUUACCUACAAGGCUUCUGUUUAGAUGGACCAAAGUGUAAAUUUAUGCAUCCAAACUUCGACCUGCCUACAUAUGAUCCAACAACACAAGCCAAAAAGGCCACCAUUGUAUGUCACAUGUGUGGUGAGACUGGCCACAAGGCCAUCAGCUGUCCCAAAGGCAAGAGUGGCGAUGGAAAGCCAUCUAUGCUUCACUCAUCCCCGAUCGGCAGACCCAUCAAUGUACAGACACAGCAAUCAGAUUCCCAUGGUCACACAGAGCGAGGGGAAGGCGGUGACCCCAGACGACCCCUUGAUCAAGUCACUUGUUUCAAAUGUGGAGAAAAAGGCCAUUAUGCUAACAAAUGUCCAAAAGGUCACCUUGCUUUUCUCAGUAUAAAUGCCCAAUGACACAGCAUUGACAUUAGACUUUUAUAUUACACAUGGAGGAAACAAGACCAGUGACAGUGGUUUUAAAACUAUUGGUGGAAGCCCAGAUGGUCAUGAGUAUUACAGAACUCUGAAAGGCACAAGACCAUAGGGUUUAAUCUGCAUGAAGUUAGACUUAUGAAUUUAAGAACUCUGUCAGCAAAAAGACCCUAUAGAUGGUACACAGUAACCUGUUUACACCUUCUGAUCGACAGGACAGUCCUAGAUUCUCCUAGCCUGGAUGAGGUGUGGUUUGCCUGAAUGAACAGCUAGACAGGAUCUUGACCAUGUGUGAAGAUAUCUUUCAAGUCACUGAUUAUACAAUGUGUCCCAUUUACACAGAUAACUUAUUGUGGCUAGAAGUGAAUAGUUGCCUGACUUACAAACAAAGGAGACUUAAUCUUGAUUAAACUCCGAUUUGAAUAGCAAAGUGAAAAAACUGUUGCUGUGUAAACGAGAGACUACAGACAUGAGUUUUCUACUUAUAGCCAGUUGUUGGGUAAAAUUAAUUAUUUUUAUAUGAAAAAGCAUUUUAUUUUGCAUGAAACUAAUUCAUCAAAUAGUAAGAGACAAGCAAAGGUUUUGUUAAUAUAUCUAGAUAGUUUUAAUGUGAUUUCUGCAUACUUGCUGUACAUUUUCAGUAUACACACAGGGGGCAAGGACAAUUUUCUCUCCUUUUCCUGUUGAAAAACAGCAAUACAGCAAGUUUAGUAAUAGAAAUAAUUGAAAAAGUGCUGAGUGGGAGAGGGGAAUGUGUAUUUAGUAUCUAGGUAUUAUUGUGAAUAAACAUGAUAGUGACCUUUCCAAUUCUACAUUGAGCAAGUGAUGUCAAUUCUGCAUGUCAUGUAUGGCAUUACUGUUGCCUUUCACACAAAGGUAGCAUUUCUAGAAAUUAGCUGUCAAUGAAAUAAUGAAACAUUUGCUUUUCAAUGUACAUUUAUGUAAAUGAAUAUAGUUUUAACUGUUUUUAGAUACAUAAAAAUAAUGCUAUGUAACUGAUUUUCAUGUAAUUCAUUUGUCUUUAAAAUUAAUUUCUAUACCAGUACAUUUGUAUAUGAAUGCAUUUGACCAUGAUAGAACAGAUUUGAAAAAUACUGUUCUAAAAGACAAUUGUUAUUUCUUUUACAAGAAUAACAAUAAAAAUGAA